UGUAGCCCCCCACCCACCCUGUCUCUCUCUAAAACACACAUUUGUAUUCAUUAGACUUGUGACUAUCAUCUUUUUAGGCAAUUUUCCAGUCACUUGCAAGCAAAAGAUUCUCUAGGUUUUUUGCCAAUUUUUUAUAUAAUGGUGAGAGGGAAAACUGAGAUGAGGCGUAUCGAAAACGCGACAAGCAGGCAAGUCACUUUCUCAAAGAGAAGAAAUGGAUUGUUAAAGAAAGCCUUUGAACUUUCUGUUCUUUGUGAUGCUCAAGUUGGAUUAAUUAUUUUUUCUGCUAGAGACAAACUUUAUGAAUUUUCAACCUCAAGCAUGCAGGAGAUUAUCGAGCAUUAUCAGAGGCAUACUAAAGAUAUUCAGUGUGAAAAUCCAGCCAUGGAACAGAAUAAUAUGCACAAUUUGAAGCAUAAUACAUCAAGUUUGAUGAAGAAGAUUGAGCUUCUUGAAAAAUCUAAGAGGAAGCUCUUAGGAGAAAGUUUAGAAUCUUGCAGUCUUGAAGAACUUCAACAGAUGGAACAUCAGUUGGAACGGAGUAUCAACAUCAUCCGCGCAAGAAAGAUGGAAGUCUUUAGGGAACAAAUUAUGAGAUUGAAAGAAAAUGUGAAAGACCUCUCAUCAGAAAAUGUUAUGUUGUUAGAGAAGUGUGGAGGUCUUGAAAUGCAACAAACAUCAGGUGGAGAAGACGUUUCUAUAGUGAUUAGUAGCGAAAAAUCGGAUGUAGAGACUGAAUUAUUUAUUGGACUACCAGAGUCAUGCAGAACAAAGCGUCCCUAAGUUAACCAACGCCUCACUUUGAUUAUGUCGUGAAG